GUUGCCCUAGUCCCUAGCGCCGCACACUCAUUCGCGGAGUGGCGUGAAUGGUUAGCAUUAUGUAGCGUGUUGUUGUGCUAGUUAUGACUUGAUUGAACAUCUUGCUUGAGGAGGCGCAGAAGUGGUUGGGAAGAAAUCCUUUCCGUGUUAACACUGUGUACUUCCGAACCGCUUCUGCGUUCCCCAUCCGCCGCUCUCCUUCGGAACUGUCAGCGCCGCCAGAAGCUGUGUUGGCAGCCCGAACCUCAACGCCGUCAACAUGCUGGAAAAGGAGAUGCUUAGACAGUUUCUCUCUAGAGACGGAACCAUCGGGCACGCACCAAGACCAAGUCAUUGUAGCGAAAGAGAUCACGAUGGCAUCGCAGCAGAGCCAGUACAUCAGGCAGCACCGGGUCUGGCUUGUGAGCCGGGACAAGCUGUAGAAGCAUCACCAAAGCCAACAUGUGGACUGAGCCAUGUCACAAGUAAAUCUGUUCAAGUGCAACUACUAACCCGACAUGAAGCAUCACAAGCAAACGAAGAGAAAAUUCUGUCAACAAGUGCAACACAAACAGAACCUCAAGUUGUUUCUUCAGGGUUGAGUCUGAGAAAAGCUGACGCUGUUUUGGAGGCCAUUGCGUCGCAGGACACGUCUGAUCUCGACUUGUCUGAUGAUGAGCUGACUGAAACAACACUACAAGAACCACUACCUGAUCUUUCAUCUUCAGACGACUCUGACGAAGAGUCUGACAGCAAGCCAGCUACAAGCGUGGGAAAAUUGCCACCGUGGAGGCAUGCUAAGUUUGUUUCUUCCCUCCCUGCUGCUCCACUUACCCCUGACACUAAUCCGGAUUCCCAUACAAACUGGACUGCUCCGGAUUAUUUCAAGCAGUAUUUUCCAGAGGAUAUCUACCGAACCUUUCAUGAAAUGACAGAGGCGGGAUACCACCAAAGAAAAGGUGCUUCGUUGAACACCAGCGCUGCUGAAAUGAAGCAUUUCAUUGGGGCAACAUUCCUAAUGAGUUGCCUGGGGUAUCCACAAAUCCACCUCUACUGGGCCAGGCAAACGCGAGUUGCCGCAAUUGCCGAUGUGAUCACUCGCGACCGCUUCUUCUUAUUGCGAAGAAACAUAAAAGUUGUCAACGACUUACACAUCAGCGAUGCGGAGAAGAAAGCCGACCGGCUAUGGAGGUUGAGACCGUUCAUAGAAAUGAUAAGGACGGCUUGCCUCCAGCUCCCGAGAAGCCCAUCGGCGAGCAUCGAUGAACGAAUAAUUCCAUUCACCGGCAGAACAACACUGAAGCAGUACGUUCCCGGUAAACCGCAUCCAACAGGGCUGAAGAAUUUUGUGCUCUCAAGCCCAAGCGGAAUGGUCCUGGACUUUGAAAUUUACCGGGGAAAGUCUGCGCUUGCCACCAACACAUCGGAACUGGGUGUGGGUGCCUGUGCCGUGCUUCGAUUGGCGAAAUCCAUGCCAAGAGGCAGUGCUUUGUAUUUUGAUCGAUUCUUUACAGCUGUACCACUGCUUCGGCACCUAUCAAGCCAAGGCCUGCGUGCUACUGGCAUAAUAAUGAAAAAUCGGGUGCCAAAAGACUGCAAGCUCUUGGACGACAAAGCAUUGGUGAAGAAAGGCCAGGGAUCUUUUUGCCAGACGGUCAAUGUGGCUGACGGCAUUUGCCUCGUCAAGUGGGUAGACAACAAGCCCAUCACAUAUGCAUCUUCUCAUAUUGGCAAGGACCCAGUAGGAGAAUGCAAGAGAUGGUGCAAGAAGGAGGGGGUCUACAAGGACGUGCCUCGCCCUGCCAUUGUAGAAGAGUACAACAAAAACAUGCGAGGGGCAGACCUCUGUGAUAGAAUGGUCAGCCUCUACCCAAGCAAGGCGAGGACAACACGCUGGACUGUACGUGCGCUUUCUUUCCUUGCCGAUGUGGCUGUAGUGAACGCAUGGCUACAGUACAAAGAUGACUGCGAACUCCUGCAAGUUCCAAGAAAGAACAUACUCAGCCAACUGGAUUUCAAGCUGCUACUGGCACAUCAUCUACUGAGAGCAGAAUCCAAAGUAGACGACGAUGACGAGCUGCCCGUAAAGCGCCCUGUGAACAAGCGAACACCACUGCCUCCUGUCCCUUUUCGUACAGCGGGAGCAAGACACAUGCCUGAGCUUUCGUCACAGAAGUCAGCAUCUAGGUGCCGUAACCCCGGGUGUACCGAACGCACGAAGUUCCGUUGCACUCACUGCGACGUUUUUCUUUGUAUCACUGCUUCACGAAACUGUUAUAAGCAGUUUCAUAAAUAGUAUGAAACUGCUUAACCCAUAUAUGCCCAAACUCUGAAAAAGUGACAAAACAAAUAUUUUUUUCAAAAAAAGUACUAUACUUCUAGCCUCAAAAGAAAGCACAGGUUCUUUAUUUACUGCCAGGUAAACACAACACUGUUUUUCAAGCCGUCCUAUACAUACACUGGGCAUUAGGGGUGGUGUGUUCGGGUGUGGUAAGCCUUAAAACAGUUCACGUGCACACCGACAUUGCCCUUCUUCCUCUCCAUGACGUAUUUCAUACGAAGCACUCGUUUGCCCGGUGAAAGCGGUCGGCACGUGGCAGCAUGAAAAGCUAGCAAUAUCUAGGCUUGCACACAUUGAGAAUAAGGUUUGCUUGAUGUGCUGUAGGAGGCGCUAGUCAUCUGCUAAAGAAAUAGCGAUGUUAGAGUGCUACUAAGAAGGGUCCUAUAUGUAGGACACUGGGCAUAUAUGGGUUAAAACAGUUUUUUGAAGAGCCGAAACCCUUUGUAAGCCGCUAGUGAACAUUUUCUUGUUCGUUCCUUGUAAUUCCUGAAUAUAGUGUUUUUUUCAUAGAGUCCCAGUGUGCAAUAUAUUGCACAUGCUUUUGUGAGCGAACCAAGCGUUGUACAUCAAUAAAACAUUUUCACCGUGA